AUGGCGCGUCCCCUUCCUCGUUCCUUGCCCGAGACCAACAGCUUCUACGUCUCGAUCGUCACUUUCCCCCCAGCAUCCAGCUCCUCGCAGCCUGAUUUUCCAUCGCCGCUUCAACGCACCUCAACCACCUUACCUUCCGCCACCAUGUCUGACAACCUCACCCCUACCGAAUUCGACAAGUUCCUUGCUGAGCUGGACAAUCCCGUCAACGUGGCCGACAUGAGUUGGGCAGAACUGCUCGACCCCAUUGGCUAUGCUGUCAACCACGCCGGCGUUGGCGUUUUCAGCCCUGCAGAAGGCCCGGAAUCGUGA